AUCCCAUCAUCCAUCCUUGACUAAAUACACACACCUACACCGUGAUCGAUCGGCGAGGGAGGGAGGGAGUCCACACACACCACUCACAUACACACAUAACAUACAAACACUCGCCGAACUGAAUGAAGCUUCCCACCCACACAAAAACCCGUAGGCACACCCACACCCACACACAUACACACAUAAUUACAGCCCUAUAAGGCAGCAAGCUACACCUGUGGCCUUCCCCGUUUGGGCCCCCCCCCACCCUUUCCCAUCAGCCGUGCCGCCGCCUUCUUUUGGUUCUUCUCGACCUGUUUCUCCAGGUUGAUGGCCUGGUGCUCGUUCAUUUUGCGUGGGUUGAGGUCGAAUGCGGGGGUGUCCCGGGGCCGCAUCAGGAGGUAGAUCAUGGUGACCAGAGACCACGCCAGCAAGAUGUAGAUGAACACGUUGUUGGCGAAGAAAUACCUGAGACACACACAUACAGAAAGAAAGAGAGGGAGAGGGGGAGAGAGGGAGAGAGUGUGUGGGCGGAUGGGAUGGGUGGGGGAUGGCUAUCUAGUGCUCAUGCUCACUUGAAGAACUUCAGGUGUCUAAUUUGUGCGCUGAAGAUGACGUCGGCGUCCGUCAGGCGGGCGUACUCCGCAAAGGCAUCCUGUUUGUUUGUGCGUUUGUUAGUAGGCCACACACACCAACCCAGAGCAGAGCCCAGAGAGCAUCCAUCCAUACCAUAGAUACGGUGCGGUGUGGUGUGGUGUGUGGGCGGCCAGUUCAGUUCUCCUUGCAUCGCAUACCUGUGAGAACUGUACGAUGGCGCCCGCCGAGAUGAGUAUGAGCAUCACGUUGAACAGGAAGGUGUUCAUGUGCGUCUCAUGCGGCUUCAUCGGGUGAAUGGGGAACAGAAAGAAUAUCUGACACACACACACAUAACACAUACAUAUUGGCCGACACACACACAUACACCCACACCCACGCCCCCCAACGCCAAGAGAUCAGAUCCGUGUGUCGGUAGGUACCCUACCCUACCCUACCCUCAUUCCGAAUUUGAAGCACCCCUUGACGACACACGCCAUGAGGUACACGACCAGUAUGGCGUAUGCGGCCAGCGAGAGCAUGAAGAAGCCCGUCCGCUCCAUGGCGAUGAGGAUGUCGUUGAAGAAGGCCGUGAUGGGCACCAGGUCGCCCGUGAGGCGCGAGACGAUGUUGUAGAGGAGGAUGUGCAGCAGCCACAGCACCGACAGGAUGGCGCAGAGGAUGCCCAGCACCAGCUUGGCGAUCGAUAUUACCGGGUUCUCGCCCUUCUCCUUCAGCGAGAUCUCCAGGUGGGCCCACUCUCGCUCCAACAAGUACACCGCCUGACAGGCAGACAGACACAUCGAUGGUGGGAUGGUGGCUGGAGUGGGUGGAGGAUCAGAUCAGAUCACCUGCUUGAAUUUGUUGUAUUCUUGGCUGAGUGCAGCCUUUUCUUUGCGGCUGCUCCACCCCGUCUUGCUACGCAGGUCCAGCUCCUUGCCCUUCAGGUCCUCACCGAUCUGACGCAAAUUGGUCGCCUUCUCGCCCAGCAACUUCUUCCGCGCACUGAGUCACGCACGUCACACACAGACACGCAAGCACAACAACAACAAGUGAGUACAAUACACUCAUGAAGCGAAGCGAAGCAAACAGCCAUGCAGCCGAUGGCCCACCGCGUACCCACCUGAACUUGGAGAGGUCCAUGGCAGUGGGCCGGUCGAUGUAGCUGAGUAUGAGGUCCAGCGGGAUGGCCGUCAGACCGAUGCCGCCGAACAGGGCGAACAGGAACCAGCCCACGAAGCACAUAAUGCCGAUCAGGUAGAUCUCGAAGCUCACAUUCACCUCCAGCACGGCGUCUUUCGCCUUGCUGCACACCGAGGGCGCCUCAGAGCUGUCGGCAGCGACUGCCCUGUCACACUCGAUGCUCUUGACGGGGAUGGAGGCCUUGCUGAGGAGGGCAAAGGAGAUGCCGACGAUGGCCGCCACAAUGACGAUCGUGAAGCCCAUGUAGAAAAGCGCCGACUGCCACGGCUUGCACUUGGUCACCCUCUGGUCCGUGUCGGCCUCGUAGUAGAAGGUGGCAAACGGCAGGAAGACCGUCACGAACACGGCGAUGCAGAUGUACAUUCCGCUCCAGAACCACUUCAUGUCUAGCCGCGGGCAGUCGCUGCCGCCGAAGAGGCAUGACGAGAAGGCCGGGCGGGAGUUGUAGACGUCGAUGGGCAGGAGGAGGAUGAGCAGCCAGGCCAGGAGCAGGCCGACGACGACCAUGAUUUUGCAGAGGACGGCCUGGCCGAUGGAUCGGUCAUCGGGGUGCUCGUAGUAGUAGAGGAGCUUGAGGUUGGUGAGGAUGAAGAUCACCACAAAGGCCAGCACCGUGAACAAGAUGAACAGAUCCAUGCUCAGCGGCAGAGAGCACACAAAGAGCGUCACGUCGAUGAUAUGAUCUCACACAGCUGCUCUCGACUCAUGUCGUUCUUUUC